AUGGAGACUGCCUUUGCCCGUCCCAUUGCGACGGUGCUCUCGCACUUCGAGGUCGAUGAGCAUGACGGUCUUACCAACAGGAAAGUUGACGAACUGCGAAUCAAAUAUGGCCGUAAUUCCAUCCCCGACGAACCUCCUACCCCCAUCUGGGAGCUCAUCUUGGAGCAAUUCAAGGACCAGCUGGUGAUAAUUCUUCUUGGCUCCGCUGCUGUGUCGUUUGGUCUGGCUUUAUUCGAAGACGAAGGCGGCUGGAGUGCAUUUGUUGACCCCGCUGUUAUUCUCACUAUCCUGAUCCUCAAUGCCGUCGUCGGAGUCUCUCAAGAGAGCAGCGCCGAGAAGGCGAUCGCCGCUCUUCAAGAAUAUUCCGCCAACGAGUCCAAUGUAAUUCGCAAUGGUGGCCACAUCUCUCGAGUCAAGGCUGAAGAGCUGGUGCCGGGUGAUAUCGUCACAGUGGCUGUUGGAGACCGUAUCCCCGCUGAUUGCCGUGUGAUCGCCAUCGAAAGCAACAGUUUCGCUGUAGACCAGGCCAUCUUGACUGGAGAGAGUGAAAGUGUUGGCAAAGACGACGAGGCCGUUGUCAAGGAUGAGCGUGCCGUCCUGCAGGAUCAGGUCAACAUGCUCUUUUCCGGAACCACCGUUGUAACUGGACGCGCUAGGGCCGUCGUCGUUCUCACUGGGUCGAACACUGCCAUUGGAGAUAUUCACGAGAGCAUUACUGCUCAGAUCUCCGAGCCUACGCCGCUCAAGCAAAAGCUCAACGAUUUUGGCGACAACCUCGCCAAAGUCAUUACCGUUAUCUGCAUCUUGGUCUGGCUCAUCAACAUCCCCAACUUCAAUGAUCCUAGCCACGGGAGCUGGACCAAAGGUGCCAUCUACUACCUCAAGAUUGCCGUCUCGCUGGGCGUCGCUGCGAUUCCCGAGGGUUUGGCCGUUGUUAUCACCACCUGCCUCGCCCUCGGUACGCGCAAGAUGGCUGCUAAGAACGCCGUUGUGCGCAGCUUGCCCUCAGUCGAGACCCUUGGAAGCUGCAGCGUCAUUUGCUCCGACAAGACGGGUACUCUGACCACGAAUCAAAUGAGCGUCAACAAGAUUGUCUUCCUCAAUGAGGCCGGCAAUGACCUAAGUGAACUCGACGUUGAAGGCACCACAUUUGCACCCAAAGGCGCCAUUAGCGCCAAUGGCAAGCGCAGGGAGAAUUUAACCUCGUCAUCAGACACUGUUCGCCAGAUGACUGAAGUGGCCGCUAUCUGCAACGAUGCCUAUCUCGCUUAUGAUUCUCGUACCGCCACUUUCUCCAGUGUCGGUGAGCCCACCGAAGGAGCUCUACGUGCUCUCGUUGAGAAGAUUGGACCCUGCCCACCUGACGGCACGCAUCCCGAAGACUGCCUGCACCACGCCAGCCACGGCUACGAGAAGCAGCUCCCCCGUCUUGCCACCUAUGAAUUCUCCCGAGACCGUAAGAGUAUGUCUGUUCUUGUCCAGAAUGGAAAGCAGAAGAAACUUCUUGUCAAGGGCGCUCCCGAAUCAAUCAUCGAUCGCUGCUCCCACACCCUCAUUGGUGCCAAUGGCAAGAAGGUAGCACUCACCAGCAAGCUUUCCGAGCUCCUAUUGAAGGAAGUCGUCGACUAUGGUAACCGUGGUCUUCGAGUUAUUGCUCUAGCUAGCAUCGACGAUGUCUCCAAGAGUCCCUUGCUGUCCGCCAAGUCCACCGAGGACUAUACCCGCCUCGAGCAGAACAUGACUUUCCUGGGUCUUGUUGGUAUGCUGGAUCCUCCCCGAGAGGAGGUGCCUGGAUCAAUUGUGAAGUGCAAGGAAGCUGGUAUCCGCGUUAUUGUCAUCACCGGAGAUAACCGCAACACUGCGGAGAGUAUUUGCCGCCAAAUUGGUGUCUUUGGUGAACACGAGGACCUCACUGGCAAGAGCUAUACUGGGCGUGAAUUCGAGAACCUGAGCCCCAGUGAGCAGCUUGAGGCAGCCAAGAGAGCUUCGUUAUUCUCCCGUGUUGAGCCUGGCCACAAGUCCAAGCUGGUUGACCUCCUGCAGUCUCUCGGCGAGGUCGUGGCUAUGACUGGUGACGGUGUCAAUGAUGCUCCAGCACUCAAGAAGGCCGAUAUUGGUGUUGCCAUGGGAUCCGGUACCGAUGUUUCCAAGCUGGCCGCAGACAUGGUCCUCGCGGACAGCAACUUUGCCACAAUUGAAGUCGCCAUUGAGGAAGGUCGCGCCAUUUACAACAACACCCAGCAGUUCAUUCGUUAUCUCAUCUCGUCCAACAUUGGUGAGGUCGUUUCCAUUUUCCUCACUGCUGCUCUGGGCAUGCCCGAAGCUUUGAUCCCUGUCCAGCUCCUCUGGGUUAACCUGGUCACCGAUGGUCUUCCUGCUACCGCUCUGUCCUUCAACCCGUCUGACCACGACAUCAUGAGGCGCCAGCCCCGAAAGAGGGAUGAGCCCCUUAUUGGUGGAUGGUUGUUCUUGCGUUACCUGAUUAUCGGAACGUAUGUCGGUCUGGCUACCGUUGCUGGAUACGCUUGGUGGUUCAUGUACAACCCCGAGGGACCUCAGAUUUCGUUUAAGCAGCUCUCCCGCUUUCAUCAUUGCACUGCCGACUUCCCUGAAAUCGGCUGUGAGAUGUUCUCCAACGACAUGGCCAAGGCCGGUUCUACUGUCUCACUGUCCAUUCUCGUCGUCAUCGAAAUGUUCAACGCCAUGAACGCCUUGUCAUCCAGCGAAUCGCUCCUCUCCCUCCCCCUGUGGAAGAACAUGAUGCUUGUAUAUGCCAUUGCGUUGUCCAUGGCUCUGCACUUUGCUCUUCUUUACAUCCCCUUCUUGCAGACUUUGUUUGCAAUUGUCCCACUGAACGUAACCGAGUGGAAGGCAGUUGUCAUCAUCAGUGCACCAGUCAUUCUACUUGAUGAGGUUCUGAAGUUGGUUGAGCGCAACUUCUUCAUGCAGACGACAACACAUGAGCCGGCAAAGGCUAUCAAGGGUAAGAAGGAAAUAUAG